ACGUACCGGGCCAGUGAAGCUGAUUCUGAUGACGACGAUUGACAGCGGCAAGAAGAAAAGGGCGGGUAGGCGGGGCCUGAGCUGCGGAGGGCGUGGCCCAUCCGACCGCUCGCUCUUUCAUUUCCAGUGUGAACUCGCCGCAGGUAAGACGCACGUCUGCCGUCUCUCUUUGUCGAAGGAUGUGGAAGUGCUCGCUCGGAGACGUUCAAAGUUGUGUCGAGUGUUUGACUGGAAACGUGCGAGCAUUGUGUGUGUGUGUGUGUGUGUGUGUGUGUGCAGGAUGCUCCAAGAGCACACAACAGCCUCAACAUGUGUGUGUGUGCGCGUGUAUUACAUGUUGCUGAAUGAAUACUAUAAGUACUCCUGAGCUGCGACAUUUUCUCUCCUACAUUCCAUCGUCGCAACCGCACUGACGUGACGGAAAGACAGACGAGGACCGCUACUCCGUGCCGGGCAAAGCGGUCGCCUUAUUUCCAGAUUUUGGAACCCCGUGAAGGUUGCCGAUAGCAGCCGCCGAUACUCGACGCAAAACCGAAUCUGACUUCAAGUACUGUAAGCCCUCCUCGCCAGUAGGGGGUGCUACACUGCGGCUGUUUAUUAGCACACCCGCCUCGCAGUUGUGGGUUCAAAUCCAGUCAAGUCUGGAGUUUUCGCCUUCUCUUUGGGUAUUUCCUCGGACAUCCCAAAAAAGGUAGGUCGAUUGAAGCCAGUAAAUUGCCUGUCGGUGCCGAUGAUUCCUGCAAGUGGCUGGCGACCAGUUCAGGGUGGCAAAACCAACCGAUGCGUCGCGCUAAUCUCGCCACCUGCCACUGAACACACGCACGCACGCGUACGCACGCUCGGGCGGCAUGGCGUCCGAGCAGGAGGAGCGACGGAGGAGAGCCAAUCAAGUCGCAGAGGAGUCGCUGGAGAGCACACGCAGGAUGAUGCGCUUGGUGGAGCAGGUGAGCGGCGCAGGCGCAAACGCGGCCGUCCGGACUGGAACGGAAAGUCACGCCCGUGUCCGUGUGUCUAAGCAGAGCAAAGACGCCGGCAUCCGAGCGCUGGUCAUGUUGGACGAGCAAGGAGAGCAGCUGGAGCGCGCCGAAGAAGGGCUGGAUCAAAUCGACGCGGACAUGAAGGAAGCCGAGAAGAACCUGACCGACCUGGCAAAGUGCUGCGGCCUCUGCGCUUGUGACAAACUGAAGGCUUUGGAAGAAAGCGGGGCCUACAAGGCGGUCUGGGGCGGCGGCUCCGGACAAGACGGGGUGACGUCCAAUCAGCCGCCGUCGUCCCGCGUGGUGGACGAGCGCGAGCAGAUGAUCGUGAGCGGCGGGUACAUUCGCAGGGUGACGGGGGACGCCCGCGAGGACGAGAUGGACGACAACCUGGCCCACGUGGGCAGCAUCGUGGGCAACCUGAGGUGCAUGGCGCUCGACAUGGGCAACGAGAUCCACGCGCAGAGCGGCCAGAUCCAACGCGUUCAAGGGAAGGCCGUCGCCAACGUGACGCGCAUCCAGACCGCCAAGCAGAAGGCAAACAACCUCAUCAAGAAGUAGACGCUGCCCCCCCCCCUUGCCCAAAAGUCUCCAAACUCAACGCGACUUGAUGCCGUUGUCAAUUCAGUUGUUCAAUUGUCCCCAGGGCCGGAAAAUUCAAAAUCUUAUUUUUUUUUUUUUU